AACUAUCAACUGCCUUAAACCAGACUACGAUUGGCUCAGAGGACCUUCAGUAAAAAUGCAGUGCGCAAGCUCUCACAAAAGAUAUUUCGACCUACUGUCGUUGUAAACAAAGAACAUGUACGCACUGAUACCUGAAUGGAAAUGAAAAGCAGUCAAAAACACGCUCAGUAUUGUUCCUGUCAAGGAAGUUGUUAAUUGUAAAUGCUCUCCAAUGGAACUGAACGGUUUUCACAACGAGGAUGGAGCAGUCACUGAGACGGAAGGCCAAGAAACAAGGGCGCUGAAGCAAUCCUGUACGACGAGGAAGGAAACGGCAGACAGUUCCAGAUCAGGGGCGGUCAUGGAGAAUGUGGCUGCCGGAACAAGUGCAGAGAGCGAGCGCCGAGCAUCAAACACAAUUGUCAGGCAAAGGAUUGACUCGCUGAAAAAGAACAGGCCGCCCUUCCCCUGGUUUGGGAUGGACAUUGGAGGGACCCUGGUGAAGCUGGUGUACUUUGAGCCCAAGGACAUCACAGCGGAGGAGGAACAGGAGGAGGUGGAGAACCUGAAGAGCAUCCGGAGGUACCUGACCUCCAAUGUGGCAUACGGGUCCACGGGCAUUCGCGACGUGCACCUGGAACUGAAGGACCUGACGCUGUGCGGCCGCACUGGAAACCUGCACUUCAUCCGCUUCCCCACGCACGACCUGCCUGCCUUCCUGCAGAUGGGCCGCAACAAGCACUUCUCCAGCCUGCACACCACUCUCUGUGCAACUGGGGGGGGGGCCUACAAGUUUGAACCCGACUUCCGUAUGAUGGCCGACCUUCAACUGCUGAAGCUGGAUGAGCUGGACUGUCUGAUCCGAGGGGUUCUCUACAUCGAUUCGGUUGUUUCCAGCGGACCCUCUGAGUGCUACUACUUUGAGAACCCAACAGACCCUGAACGCUGUGUCCAGAGGUCUUACACACUGGAGAACCCUUACCCUCUCCUGCUGGUCAACAUUGGUUCUGGUGUUAGCUUCCUGGCCGUUUAUUCCAAAGACAACUACAAACGUGUUACUGGGACCAGCCUUGGAGGAGGGACUUUCCUGGGCCUGUGCUGCCUGCUUACAGGCUGCUCCACUUUUGAGGAGGCAUUAGAGAUGGCAUCCAAGGGCGAGAGCACGCGCGUGGACAAGCUUGUGCGGGACAUCUACGGCGGGGACUAUGAAAGAUUCGGCCUUCCAGGUUGGGCCGUAGCCUCAAGUUUUGGGAACAUGAUGUGCAAGGAGAAGCGGGAGUCAAUUUCUAAAGAGGACCUGGCCAGGGCCACACUUGUCACCAUCACCAACAACAUUGGUUCAAUCACCAGGAUGUGUGCAUUGAAUGAGAAUAUUGAGCGGGUGGUGUUCGUGGGUAACUUCUUAAGGGUCAAUACCCUUUCAAUGAAACUCCUGGCCUAUGCUAUGGACUACUGGUCAAAAGGCCAACUGAAGGCACUUUUCCUGCAGCAUGAGGGUUAUUUUGGAGCAGUGGGGGCAUUGCUGGAGCUGUUGAACCCUUCCUAAUCAUUGGCCAAAAGACAUGCCAGUCAUGACCUGUGGAGGUCACCUCUGCACACUGGUGAAAGUGAUGUGGCACUGACAAUUCACAGCCCCAGAGCCCUGUCCCCCAUCUCUUGUAUCUUCCCUUUAUGAAAAUGGCUGUAUCUGUGCUAAAGAAGUGUGGGAUAAUUGGCAUCCUACAUACUGUAAAUGUGGCAAAUUCAGGAUGGCUGCAUUCCCAGGCAAUCUUUACCAUACCAGUAUAUGGCAGAUAUGCUAGGGAAUGCCAUGGAAAUGUAGGUUUAAAAUGUAUUUCUAUAGUGAGAGCUGUGUGACCUGUCUCCUCAGCCCUCUUAUCUGCUGAGGCAGCCUAUGGAGAGUAUACCGGUCUAUCGCUCCUUUCCUUGAACACUUGUCUCCAUACUGUAGCCAUCCCUCAUGUGUCGCCUUCUAACGUUACAUAUGAACCUGCCUGCGUUGCCUUGACCUGUCUAUUUAAUGUGCAUGGUGUAAUCUUGCAAUGUAUUGUACCAUUUAACAUUUAGUGCUAUGUCAGACAUACUAGAUAGUAGAAAAUAGUUUACUGUGUGCAGCAAACAACUUGCUGUCCAAGUGGCUACCCUUGGUAGAGAAUAAUCUUGAGCAGUCACAUACUGUGCCAGUACAACAGCUGAUGAGCCGUAGCAAUCACAUGACUUCUUUGUUGGGGCAGUCCCCUGUCAGUCAGUGCUAAUGUACUGUGCACUGAACUAGUAUAAUGUGAGACUUCAGAACUCCGUAGACAUCUCAGUACCAACAGACAUUAGCGGUCUGCUUUGUUUGAGAGGCACUUGGUUGCUUUUGUAAUAAGGGUCAAUUGUAGGAUCUGGAGCCCAAGGUUUUCCUUUAUUUAUUAUCUGACCAUUGACUUGGGUAAUGUUUUGCUGAUGUUACACAAAUAUACUGUGACACUAAAAUUAAAAGCUUUUAUUUGUAAGUAUUUUUAUGAAGAGCAACCGAGCCUGUAUGUCACGUUCAUCAUUGUGCUAUUGUUCAGUUCAUUACAAUCUUUCUUCUUUUCUGUUUGUCAGCUUUAGUGAGUUUGGCUAGAAAUGCUUUAUAAUUUGGAAGGUACAUUUUCUUUAUUAUUAUUGUUUGCAAUUUAUUUUAUAUUAAUUUCUUCAUUCAUUUGUAUUUGGUUGAAAUCAGAGUAAAAUGGUUGUUCUGAGAUAUAUUGAUUCCAUUCUUGUUCGCUUGUUUGAAACCAAAAGAAACAGGGUUCCUUUGUCUUUUUUCCAUUGAAGUAGCUGCAUUAAAGGGAAAAGGGACCAUAAAGAAAUGCUCACACUGAAAAUGGUGCAUCCAUAUGUGGCCUUUAUGGGGAAGCAGUAUAACUUCAUUUUCUGUUUUAAACAUUGUGUCACCUUGGUAGUUUUCAUGUUUUAAAGGUAUAUUUUCAUAUUGUACAUCUGAAAUAAUUAGGCAGGAUGUGUGAGAGGUGAUUGUGUCUAUAUACAAUUCACCCCAUGUUAAGUUUUUAAUUGAAUGUUGUAGGCUGUUCAACCUGUUGUGGAAUUAUUCAAACGAUGCCAGAGAUGGCCAGAUUGAAUGAGAUUGGUCAUCAUUUUAGAUCAAUACUGUUAUAAACAAGCCUGGGGUGUGUUUCAGUACUGCUUGCCAUUGAAUGGGCAGUGUAUUCUGCUUGUAUUAAGAUAAUGGUAUGUUUUUUUGUGUAUCUGUAUUCUGUCUCUGGGGUGUGCCAAAAUGCGGCUGGUGUUUUCUGGGCUGUCCAUUUUGGGAUGUCGUAGAACCCGGACACAAUCCACAGUAAAACAUUUCCAUAACAGUUCCAAAUAUUUCUGUGUCUUUUGGCUGACGGUUUUAUCCAAAGUGACUUACAGUUGAUUUUAGACUAAGCAGGAGACAAUCCUCCCCUGGCGCAAUGCAGGGUUAAGGGCCUUGCUCAAGCUGUGCUACACUGGGGUUUGAACCACCGACCUUGCGGGUCCCAGUCAUGUACCUACACUGCAGGCCGCCCCGCACUACAGCACAAUGUUAAUGUCUCUACAUUUCUGUAAAGUGCAUGUCUCAAAGUUCAGAUAUACUGUAAGGAUAUUUGUUAACUGUUUCACUUGAUUUAUACAGGAUUUCUGCCACUGGCUCUGAACAUCUGAAGCCAGAGCCCCCUCUUCCGUCCUACUCAAAUAACAUUGUUUAGAUGCACCCAGUGCUACGAUUUCCUGCCUGAGAUUUCAAUUGAAAAUUCUGCAAGAUUAUUUUUCAUGGAAAGAAUCUUAGUAAAACUGUUGGAGGGGUGAAGUCUGCUGUAGUUUUCCUGUAACAUGCAGGCAAUCCAAACCAAAGAAACAUAUUACUGAUUGGAUUUCAGUAUUUAUCAUGGAUGAUCAAACUAAGUUAUUUUAUAGAAGCAGCAAAUUGCAACAUUGUAUACCUAUGGUUCAAUUGCAUAUAACUGUUUUCAGGCAAUAUGUAUAUUGGUUUGUCCUGUAAUGUGAUUGUGAAAUACCCCUCUGGUAGAGUACUGCAUUGAUAAAAAAGUGCCUAAAAAGAAGACAAUCUUAGAUAAAAUGGAAUUGUGUGUUUUAGACCAAUCAAACUCUUUUUAGUCUUUACUUAUGUAAUCUGUGUGUGUUUUUUUAUUUACAACCGUUGCCAUCUCCUUUACUUUUUGCAAUAAAUUAUUUAAAUCCGUA